CGAGAGUGGUCCAGAGCAUGUGCAGAGUACAAGGCCUUCCUCGCACAGAUCGAGGCUACGGGGCGGGGCAAGUGGGGGGAUUCGCACGUGCAAGGGACGCCCUGCACGCAGAUGGUGAGAGAAGGCGAGAGAGAUCGUUGAGCAUUGGGGUUGGACUACAGGAUCUCUGGGGUGCCCUACCAGCUCCACGAUUCCCCGGUGCUCAGUCGACGUCUCUGCUGCAUCCGUGGCGGCGGCGGCGCCCGUGUGCCCUGGCGGGUGUGCAAACGCACCUCCCUGAAAUUCUGUGCAAGAAGCACGUGUGGACCGGCGGACACGCGUGUUUCUUUUUUCAAAAUGGCAAUAAAUCGAAAAGUGGAAUGUAAAUGCACUAGCCAGAUGCAGAGUGUGUGUUUUCACCCCUAGGAAACUCCCUCCUACUUUUUCCUGCUGCCUGACAAAAUCCAACUGGUGAAGCUUGCCCAUUGCAUCUCCGCCCAUCUAGCAGGAAAAGGUUCACCGGUUGACUCGCCGCCUGCCCUGCAGACAUAAUUUAUCCUGCCAGAGACACAAAGCCAUUUGCAACUCCCUUCCCCCUCCAGUCCUUUCUAACGGGCUGUUUCCUUCUCGUCCUCUAGCCCUUCCCACUUCUGAGAUAUUUCUGAACGACCAAACUACUUUCGUUUUCCACUUCCCAGAAACGGCCGCGCUUCCCUGAAGAGCCGAGCUGGUCGGAGGGGCUUUCCAGAGAAGAGAGGCGCGGCUGACGGAAGGCUGCAAACCUCUCUCCCCUUUUGACUCCAGUUCCACUUUUAGCUCCCAGGAUAUACAGAACACACCCGAAGCUGUUCCUUUUAAAAACCCCUUUGUUUUAUUCCCUCGCGCAAAGAGGCGCGAGGAGGCGUAGGGCCGCCAGAGGGCGCGCCGUCGCCCUUCCUUUCAACCUCUUUUAGCGACGCCGAUUUGCAGCAGAAAGAAACUUUCCGGCUGGAUCGAGCGGAUCUGCUCCGUCCUCCGUUGGAAACGGAGAACUGGGUGCGCGGCUGCAGAUUUGCUGCGCGUUGCGGCGGCGGCGGCUGCUUCUUCCUUGGGCGCCGUCGUGAUGGUCUGCUGCUUUUCCCCCAGAUGAGAUCUUUGGCCUGAUCCGGAUUCUUGAUUGAUUUCUUUUUCAGUGGGGCUUCCCAGAACUGCACUUUGCCGGCCUCUCCUCCGAAGGCAGCUGCUCCUCUCUGUCUCUGUCUAGGAUCCUGCCAGCUGCAGAGAAGAUGAAGCCCUCUUGGGUGCCCUGGGUCUGGAUCCCCCCAGUGGCGCUCCUGGACUUCUUCGCCCUCCGCCUGGCCUGGCAUCUGCUGAGGCUGCCCUGCUGGAGCCCCCUGGUGGCGUCCUGGGCCGCUGCCCUGGCGCGGUGCCUGCUGCUGACCCUCUCGGCUUGUGCUGCCACCUGCUGUGGGGGACCCGGGGGCCCAGGGGCCCUCCAAGACAGCCUCCUGCCUGCGGCGCUCCUCCUCAGUUUCCUGGUCCCCUGCUACACAACCCUGCAAUACCUGUUUCUGUCUGAAGGGGUCGCCCUAGAGCUGGCUCACGGCUGGGCCCGGGCUGAUGUGUUUGCCCUCAGCUAUGUUGUUGUGGGGGCAUCUGUCCUGUUGUGGUACCACCUCGCCCCCCACAGGAAGGGGGAAGUGGAGACGAAAUCAUCUGCGUCCUUUUGGCGCCUUGUUGCCACCAUGAGACCAGAUGUGCUGAGGUUCGUAGCCAUCGCUGUGCUGCUGGUGGUCUCAUCCUUGGGUAAGUGAGUGGGUGGGGGUGGGUGGGGGUCCCAAACCUACCCCCUAGCUUCAUUCUAGCCCCCUUCCCAGCUCUACCUCCGGUGCAGAGUUUUACUUGUAAUAAUAAUAAUAUUUAUACCUCGCCCAUCUGGACAGGUCUCCCCAGCCACUCUGGGCAUCUCCCAAUAGAAUAUUAAUAGAAUUAUUAAUAAUAAAGAAACCACAUCAAACAUUAGAAACUUCACUAAACAGGGCUGCCUUCAGAUGUUUUCUAAAAGUAAGAAUUACCCCUCUGGGUCCAUCUCUCUCUGCAUCUUGAGGGUGUCUGUGCAGCGAGACAAGUGGUUUGCUUGUGGGAAGCCACCAAGAAACCUGACAUCCUUUUCGUAUUCAUCCAGCCUUUUUCUUUGGGAAAGUUAUGUAUGCUCCUGAUCCUCCCAGCAUCUUGUAGCAAUGAGUCCCACAGGUUAAUUGUUGUCUAGCUCAUGUGUGGAGGAAUGCUGGUAGGUGUUCGUCUGACCUGCUGCCAGCUGGUUUCAAUUUAUUGGUUGUUUUCACCCAACACCAUCUGCAACGAAUGCAAAUUUCAGCCAAGUUUCAGUAUUCGCCGCCGCCUUUGAUUUGAGGCCUGGGUGCAAUUUCCUUGCAGCUUCAGGACUAGAUUAAUUUUGGUGCAUAAUAACAGAGACAUUGCUGGGCUGGGCAAGUAGUAGGCCCAGGGGUGGCAACUUGAAUAAAAUAUUGUGGGGGCCCAGGUAAGCCCCUGCCCACAUAAUCGAUCACAUGACGCAGUGCGCACACACCGAUUUAAUGGCAAUGCCCACCAGCUUUUUCUCAAAUAUUUUAUUGUGGGAGACCAAAGCCCCCAGGGUCCCUAGGAAUUGGCUCCUGUGAGCAGGCCGGAAUAUACAGAGGGCUCCGGGUUGGCGAAGACUGAGCUGUAGCCUAAGAAAGGGGGAUAAGCUUGCUACACCCCACUUCUCACCCCGAAACUGAAGCCUCCAGCUCCUGUUACCCCCACCUCCACCCCACGCCUACCAUUUUUUCCCUGGGUUGCCCGAGUCCUGAGGGUCUCCCCCCCUUUUGUGUGUCGUAGGGGAGAUGGCGAUCCCGUACUACACGGGGCACGUGACCGACUGGAUCACCGGUGAGGCCGACCCCUCUGCCUUCGAGAGAGCCCUCUGGAUGAUGUCCGCCCUCACCGUUGGCAGGUACGGAGCAGGUGGAGAGGUUUUAGGAAGGUUUUUUGGGGGGAGAAAGGGGGGUGUUAGAAGGCAGAGGUCCACCCUCCCUUUCUGACCUCUCCCUCUCUCUCUCAGCGCUCUAGGUGAGUUCCUGUGCGACUAUCUCUACAACACCACCAUGAACCACUUCCACACUCGCUUCCAGAGCAACGUCUUCAGAGCCGUCCUGCGACAGGAAGUCGGCUUUUUCCACGCGAACAAGACAGGUAAAACCAGACUCUGCACUGAAUGGGACUUGUCUUUACGUUUAGGUACUCUUUUAUUUUCUGGAUGAUUAUUGCAUCAUUUUUUUUCAGAUCGCUGCCUCGUGCUAAUUUGUAUCGUUCCCCCAAAAACAAUUUUAAAGCUCUUCUGGAGUUAUAAAUCACCGUAUUUUUCGCUCCAUAAGACACACUUUUUUCUUCCUAAAAAGUAAGGGAAAUGUCUGUGCGUCUUAUGGAGUGAAUGCGUGGUCCCUGGAGCCGAAUUGCCCAGGGGCGAAAAGCAGAUCAUGUUUUGUGUUUUUUUUUAAAGAGGGAAGUAGGUGUUGAAACAAAGCAAAAACGUGGUUACAAAGCACGGAUCCACAUGGAUCCUCAGGAUUUUUGCAUUGGGUCACCCCAAAUUCACCGUCAAAUCACAUAUCAUGUCUGUGGCCACAGCAUGAACCACAAAAAUCAUACAUCCACUGUUUCGUUCAGAAUAUUGUUUUUUUUGUUUUCCUCCUCUGAAAACUAGGUGCGUCUUAUGGAGCGAAAAAUACAGUGUUUGUUUAUUGCUUUUAUAUGCCGCCUUUUCCUCCAAGGAGCUCAAAGGUGGCACACGUGGUUCUUCCCCAUUUAAUCCCCCCACAACUGCCCUGUGAGGUAGGCCGGGCUGAAAAGUAGCGACAAACCCAAGGCUUCAGGGCCCAGCGGGGACUUGAACCCUGGUUCCUUUUAUUUUAUGGCUGUGUCCACAUAGUCGGCUUACAAUGCAGUUAGCUCGUCCUUUUUCUCAAUUUGGAUUGAAGCUGGGGGGUUUUAGCGGUGGGGGAAACCCAUCAAAACAUAGCAUUUCCAAAGAAACAACAAGGUACUUAUUUGGUGGCCCAAAUCACGUGUAGUCUGCUUCCUGAACCAGCAGCGCUCGCCUCUACGUAGUUCCAUCCAUAUUUCAGACAUCGUGAUAUAUUGAUAUAUUGCGAUGUUUAGCUGCUGAUAUAUCACUAUGUUGAAAUCCGGAUAUCGCCCAACCCCUAGAGCACAGUGGAAGUAGAGUUAAAUGGGCGAUUGCAAAUCACCUUCAGGCUUAUGUGAAAGGUGAUUUGUAAAUUGUAACAAAUAAAUAUUUAAAAAAACAAACAAAACAAAAACCACUUCCUCUGAAAUGUGCACUCUCUGCCCCCAAAUCCUGAUGCUGGGCUCAAGGAUCUAACCCCCCACGGGGGGGGUGUUGAUUUUUAAGGGGGGCAAUUCGAGAAUGUUUAGACCAAGUUAAAGGCCUUUUAGGCUUCCCCCACAUGAAUAGGAGUUUACUUUUUUAAAAAUAAGAAUUAUAUGUCAGUGGGGGGAGGGGGUGGCAUCAGGAUUUUAGAGAUGCUUAGGUGGGGCACAGCCAAAAAAAGGUUGUGAACCACUGAUCUAACCCAACAUAAUUCAACACAGAUCCUCAUUUAUUUCCGUGCUCAUCCAAACAACACACGUUUUCCUCAAAAUCUGAAAAGCAGGAGUGGAUUUCAGCUGCUCUGGUUGGUUUGGAAAGUUUUCACAUUCCUGGAAAUGCAGAGUUGUUCCGCCUGGCCUCUGGCUUGGAAUCUACUUGAUCCCCUUCCCCUCCAUCCUUUUUCCUUUUUCUUUCUGUGAUGAAACUCCUAUUUGGGGACUUCCCUGGCUUUUUUUCUGGCCCAGUCUGGAUAGUUGGCCUUGGUGAAGAUUUGACGUUUUCAUCCCCCAAAAGUUUUUGAUGUGAGUUUCUACUGAAAUGAGGCUGCGUUUUAAGUUUAAUGUUGUAUUUUAAUCUUGUUUUUAAGUUAUGUUUUAAUCAAUUGUUUUGCGCCUGGUGUUAGCCACUCUGAGCCCAGUCUUGGCUGGGGAGGGUGGGGUAGAAAUAAAAUUUAUUAUUGUUGUUAUUAUCGGGGAUAGAAGACAUUUUAUUUGGAAUGAUCCCCCCCACCCGGUUUUCCUUGCAUAUAUUAUACAGCUGUUGGGUCAUCUUCGCUUACCUUGAACCUCUGCUGUCCCACCAUCCUUGACCUCCUUCCUUACAGGAGACAUUACUUCCCGGGUGACGACUGACACGGACACCAUGAGCGAGGCCCUCAGCAGCGACCUCAGCCUGCUGAUGUGGUACCUGAUGCGAGGGGUCUUCCUCUACGCCAUGAUGCUGUGGCUCUCGGUGCCCUUGACCCUCUUCGUCACGGUGGCCCUGCCCUUCAUCCUGCUGGUGCCAAAGCUCUCUGGGAAAUUUCACAAGGUAACCAAAUAACCAGGAGUGCCAUGCAGGGUCCUGCUGGGCGUCAUUCGAACUCGGUACCCCAUCUCUUUCUCUCGACAAGGCUGUCGUUCCCCCCCAUAAUGGUAUUCAGUGGUAAUGGGCAGAUCCACAUUGUAUAGAAAACUCCCCCUCAAAUAAUCCUGGGAACUGUAGUUUGUUGAGGGUGCUGGGAAUUGUAGCUCUCUGAGGUGAAAGCUGUGCUUUUUUUGGUUUUAUAUCUUGAUUUUAUUCUGUGGACCGCCCUGAGACCCCCAGGUAUAGGGCGGUAUAUAAAUUCUAAUAAUAAUAAUAAUAAUUAAUAAUACUCUCAGGAUUCUUUGUGCUUUCGAUGUGGCUCUUCCUUUAGACUGCCCCUAAAAAGGAGAGCGAGAGAGACUCUGCCAACUAAGAUCAACUGAAGUAAAUGUGACCACCACUUAAGGGGCAGUUUCUGUGCUCCAAUUUCCCUGCUUCUGCCCCCUACCGAAACUCGCCAGUUUUUAGGAGAAAUGGCCGUCUCUGAAAAGGGACACAAGGAAUAUUUGGUGUUGCGUUGGAGGGGAUGCCAGGAAAAUGGGAAUUAUGUCCCAAAUGUGGUGGAAUAUAGCUACCCCCAAGUGUGUUUUAUAAGCUGGUCUCCGACCGUAAUAAAGUAUCUAGCUAGCUAGCUAUUAAUGAUAAAUCAACGUGCUGUUAAGGUAAGAAGGGGAAUAUGCAGGAGAAAUGAUUCUGAGGAGAUACGGAGGGUGUUUGUAGAAUCUGUACUGUUUAGAUGGAAAGGGGUCAAACCAUCGCAAGACGUGUUGAAAUUUUUGGAGGUUAGAGAGUUACAAUGGAAUGGUCUUGGGGGUGGGGUGCUCAUUUUUAUUCUUAUUUAUUUAGGAUUAUUAAGGUAAAGGUAAAGGGACCCCUGACCAUUAGGUCCAGUCGUGGCCGACUCUGGGGUUGCGGCGCUCAUCUCGCUUUACUGGCCAAGGGAGCCGGUGUACAGCUUCCGGGUCAUGUGGCCAGCAUGACUAAGCCGCUUCUGGCGAACCAGAGCAGCGCACAGAAACGCCGUUUACCUUCCCGCCAGAGCGGUACCUAUUUAUCUACUUGCACUUUGAUGUGCUUUCGAACUGCUAGGUUGGCAGGAGCAGGGACUGAGCAACGGGAGCUCACCCCGUCACGGGAAUUUGAACCGCUGACCUUCUGAUCGGCAAAUCCUAAGCUCUGUGGUUUAAGCCACAGCGCCACCCGCGUCCCUAGUUAGGAUUAUUACUUUGUGAUUGAUAGAUAGAUGAUAGAUAGAUAGAUACAAGUUCCUUGUCCCGUUUCUUUUCUUUCUUUCUUUCUUUCUUUCUUUCUUUCAUUUUUUGCUUCCCCAGCGCCUGCUCCACUGACCCGCCUUUUCUCCUCUCCCAGAACCUGGCACUGCAGGUCCAGGAGUCCCUAGCCAAGGCCAACGAAGUGGCCACGGAGACCUUCCAGGCCAUCUCCACCGUCCGCAGCUUUGCCAACGAGGACGGCGCCGCUCGGCGCUACGACCAGAAGCUGCAGGAGACCUACAAGCUGAACAAGUGGGAGGCCGUGGCCUACGCGGCCUCUAUGUGGACUAGCGACGUAAGGGACCCAAACUGCUCCAGUUUUGGUCGGGCGGGGGAUGGAGAUGGAGGCUGGAAUUGGGCCACAGGGCUCUUGGGGGUUUCCGAAACAACUGGAAAGUGCAACCUUUGGGAAGGCUGAGAGAGGGAAGGAUGUGGGGUCUCCCAGGGUGGAUUGUAGCUCAGUGACAGCAUCUGCAGAAGGUGGUGGGUUCGAUCCCUGGCACUUCCAGGGAAAGCAGGAAAUGCCACCCCCCCAGAAAAAAAACUCCAAUGAGCCACUGCUGGUCAAUGUAGAUCAGGGUGGUCCAACCUGCAGCCAUUGGCCACAUAGCCCUUUUUGGCAGCAACCAGAACAAAAACAUAUCUUGAAGCCUUAAAAAAAAAUAAGUUUUGUGUCAUGCAUCAUUAACAAAAAUGCAUACACCUGUUUGUGUAUUAAAUUUGUUUAAUAAUUAAAUCUAUUAAUUGCUUAAUUAUAUAUAUUAAUUAUGUAUAUUAAAUAUAGUGGCACCUCGGGUUACAUACGCUUCAGGUUACAUACGCUUCAAGUUAUAGACUCCGCUAACCCAGAAAUAGUGCUUCAGGUUAAGAACUUUGCUUCAGCAUGAGAACAGAAAUCGUGCUGCGGCAGGAGGAGGCCCCAUUAGCUAAAGUGGUGCUUCAGGUUAAGGACACUUUCAGGUUAAGAACGGACCUCCGGAACAAAUUAAGUACUUAACCCGAGGUACCACUGUAUAUUCCAAACACUUUAAUUUACGAUAUAGAAAUGUAAUUCACCUUGUGGCCUGCGUGGGUUUUGUACUCUUGCGGCCCACUUUGACCACCCUCGUGUCAAUAUCACUUAGCUAGAUGGAAAGACCAUUGUAAACAGUUAAAAUCGUUGGUAAGAUUGGAAUAUCACUUGUAGUUUGAGGGUGAAUUCUGGAUACAAUGGAGGUGUAAAAGAUUUGGGCUAUCAUAAAAGAUGCAGAAGGAAAUGAUUAAUAACGGGACCCACAAAGGGGAGGAUGGAAGUCCAGGAGAUUCCUUGGAAUCUUGUUUUUGAUGAUCAAUAUAUUUAUGUAAACUUUUAAUUUGAAAAACCAAAUAGUUUUUUUAAAAAAACACACUUAGCUAGAUGGACAAAGGAUCUGACUCUGUGUAAGACGGCUUCCCUUGAGGUCCUGCGUAUUAUUUUGCCUUUAAGGGAAGGCAAUGCAGCCAAGUGGCAGGACAUCUCCUUUGCAAGCAAUAGGUGACUCUCACGUAACCUCUAAGUAGGACUGGGCAAGACCCCUGCCUGAAACACUGGGAAGUCGCUGCCUGUCAGUGCAGGCUAUACUGAGCUGGACAGGCGACCGGUUUGACUCUGGAUUGCUCAGCUUCGAGCAUCCUUGGAGAGGAGUUUCUCCCUCAAGCCCCAUUUUCCCUUUCCAGCUCUCCGGCCUGCUUCUCAAGGUGGGGAUUCUCUACUACGGAGGGCGCCUGGUCACUUUGGGAAGCGUCAGCAGCGGAGAACUCGUUACGUUUGUCCUCUACGAAAUGGAGUUUUCCUCAGCAGUGAAGGUAAGUUUUUAUUUUGGGGGCCAGGGAUGCACAGCAGGGCAAAGGAGAGCAAAGACCAGCAUAAAGGUAAAGGGACCCCUGACCAAUGACUCUGGGGUUGCAGUGCUCAUCUCGCUUUAUUGGGCGAGGGAGCCGGCGUACAGCUUCCGGGUCAUGUGGCCAGCAUGACUAAGCCACUUCUGGCAAACCAGAGCAGCACACGGAAACGCCGUUUACCUUCCCGCCAGAGUGGUACCUAUUUAUCUACUUGCACUUUGACGUGCUUUCAAACUGCUAGGUGGGCAGGAGCAGGGACCGAGCAACAGGAGCUCACCCCGUCGCGGGGAUUCAAACUGCCGGCCUUCUGAUCGGCAAGUCCUAGGCUCUGUGGUUUAACCCACAGCGCCACCCACGUCCCUAAAGACCAACAUAGGGGUGAGGAAAAGGUGCUGAGGUCCCUGGCGAUAUUUCCAGCUAGGUCUGAGAAUCCUCUCCCUCCACCCUGGAGAGCUGCUGCCAAUCAGUGCCGACAAUACUGAAUUUGAGGGACCAUUGACCUGGCCCCUGGCUCCUCCAGUGCUUCCUCCCUCAGAUAUUUUCUCCUUCCCCUCUUUGCAGGUCCUGCUCUCCGUUUCUCCACGUGUAGAAAAAGCUGUGGGCUCCUCUGAGAAGCUUUUUGAGUACAUCGACCGGACACCCCAGAUUAGCUCUUCGGGGACGCUAACACCCCAGGAUCUGCAGGGGCACGUUUUGAUGCGAGACGUCUCGUUCUCCUACCCCGACCGGGAAGGCCCUCCUGUGCUGAAGGUACUUGGGGAGAAAGGGAAGGAAGAAGCUGGGACUGAGGGUGGGGGGAGACAGAGCCCCAGGAAGGGGGCACAAAGAGAAUGUUGGACAGACCAGGCGAGACUCUUAGAGGGGGAACCUGAAUGGAAUAAAGCUGGGUAGCUCAGUCAGAAGAGCACGAGACUCUCAAUCUCAGGGCCAUGGGUUCAAGUCCUGCACCAGGCAAAAGAUUUCUGCAUUGCAGAGGGCUGGACUUUUGGGACCCCCAAAACUGACAUUGAUAAUGUGCAGUAUAUUUGAAACCCCCCCCCCAACACUGCCACCGCUUGGCAUGUUUUGUUGUUUAGUCGUGUCCGACUCUUCGUGACCCCAUGGACCAGAGCACGCCAGGCACUCCUGUCUUCCACUGCCUCCCGCAGUUUGGUCAGACUCAUGCUGGUAGCUUCGAGAACACUGUCCAACCAUCUCGUCCUCUGCCGUCCUCUUCUCCUUGUGCCCUCCAUCUUUCCCAACAUCAGGGUCUUUUCCAGGGAGUCUUCUCUUCUCAUGAGGUGGCCAAAGUCUUGGAGCCUCAGCUUCAGGAUUUGUCCUUCCAGUGAGCACUCAGGGCUACCUGAGCCUUAUUCAUUCUCUCCUGCCCACAGGGAGUGUCCUUAGAGCUGCGCCCUGGCACGGUGACUGCCCUGGUAGGCCCUUCAGGGUCAGGAAAGAGCACCAUUGUGGCUCUGCUGGAGCGGUUCUACGAGCCCCAGAGCGGGCAGGUGACCCUGGAUGGCAGAGAGCUGAGCAAAUACGACCACCGUUUCCUGCAUGAAAAGGUAAGGGAGGAUCUCGCCCCAGAAGAGAGAGCGAAGGUGCCUUUCUUGUAUUUCAGCAGGUCAGGGGUGGUAUGGGUUGUCUUCUCCUUUGCGACUCUCCUAAUUUUUAGUUGCUUUCUCCAAAGCACAUUCUCCAUAUCUUUUCAGCUCCUUUUGCAAUCGGCAUCAUCUUAUGCAACACAGGAAAACACAUGUUGAGAGCAGAGGGCAAUUUUCAGCCUUGGUUUUGCUUCAUCGGCCUGUCAGCCUCCUUUUCUCCAGCUGGAGUCAUUUUAGAACCACUUCCCAGUUCCAUGCAAAGGAUGGACUAAUCUGUCAUAGUUAAGUCCUGCUGAUGCUCAGUCAUAGGUCCGUUCUGAGUUGUGCAUAUUAUUAAAAAAAGAGUGCACAAAGUGUCUUCAUAUUGCAUGCAUUUUAAUGCACCCCUAAGAUGCAUGCUUCUCAAGGCAUCCAUCUUUGAAACCCGCAUUUAGUACACGUCUCUUACGGAAAGAAUAUUUUUGUGCAGAUAAACUGUCACAAAUGCUUGAGAAGUGCAUUUCCCCCAAUUUAUCCCUAGUUCUGAAGCUUUCUUUCCUAAGAAUUUUGUAACCUUGUGAUCUAUAUUCUUAUUGGAUAGUUGUAUACAGUGGUACCUUGGGUUACAGACGCUUCAUGUUACAGGCGCUUCAGGUUACAGACUCCGCCAACACAGAAAUAGUACCUCGGGUUAAGAACUUUGCUUCAGGAUGAGAACAGAAAUUGCACGGUGGCAGCCGGCCCCAUUAGCUAAAGUGGUGCUUCAGGUUAAGAAGAGUUUCAGGUUAAGAACGGACCUCCAGAACGAAUUAAAUUCUUAACCCAAGGUACCACUGUAGUUUGAAAAUUCUUCAGUGUGUUUUUUUUCCUUUUAAAAGUGUCCCUUUUAAACCAGGACUCGCAUUCCAAUCAGCAAGCAAGUUUAGGCGUGUUGGAUCAGUUUUGUGCACCGCAAGGGCAAGCCAAAUGAAUUCCUCUUCCUCCCUAGUCUACAAAUGCACCGUUGGGUUCUCCUUGGCAAUACCCUGGAGUUUUAAAAAGUCUUCCCAAUUCUCUAACGAACUCUUCUGCCCUCCCUGCAGGUGGCGCUGGUGAGCCAAAGCCCGGUGCUCUUUGCCCGGUCCCUGCACAGGAACAUUGCUUACGGCUUGGGGGAGAAGAGCCGGGAGGAAGUGGCAGGGGUGGCCAGGCGAGUGGGAGCACAUCGAUUCAUUGCCAGGAUGAGCUGCGGCUAUGACACAGGUAGGGACCCCCUCCCCAGACCCGCCCACUUCUCCAAAUCCCUGUCUAACCCUGGUAAGGAAUCCAUGGGAGGGGAUUGUGGCUCAGGGGCAGAGCAGAUUCUCUGCAUGCAGAAGGGUUCUGGGUUCAAUCUGUGGCUUCUCCACCUUAACCAAAAGGAUUCAGUAGUAGUAACCAGUUCUGGAAAAGACCUCUCCCUGUCUGGACAGGUGUUGCAAGUGUGGGGGUUUAACCUGGCUUGCACCGUAGGCUGAUGCAUCUGCACGAGAACAAGGUAGAUAGAGGAACCUCCAAACGCCCUGGACCGUCCUCCUUGCACUGACCUGUGUCAGUGUCCUUCAGCAUUAUCGACUGAUAUUCUUAGGGUUGCUGACCUCACUUCCUGCUUCCCUCUUGAGAGCAGGCAUGCUUUGGCUCUCUCUCCACCUAGGGUUGCCAUAUGUCCUAUUUUUCCAGGACAUGUCCUCUUUUUUAAAAAAAUGAGUGUGAUCCAUAGUUAAAAGCAGAAGUUGGCAAAUGAGUCCUCUUUUUUUGCUCUUCAAAAUAUGGCAGCCCUGCUAGGAAAGACCCCCCUAGUUCUUUUUGUUUGGCAAAUAUAGAUUUCCUUUAAUAAAUAUUAGCUUUCUUGUUUCCUUAAAAAACACAAGAACAAAACCCUGGAGCUGAGCUGUAGCUAUGGGAGAACUAGCCUUUUUUUUUUUUUUUGCCAUGGGUGAAGCUUCCAGAGGGGCGUCAUUGAGACUCCCAGCUUGUGUGUGUGUGCGCGUGCGCAACUGUGCAUCAGGGGGUGCCAAACUGGGUCUUUGACCCGGGUGAAAUAAAGUCUGGUUUUGCCCCUGCCCUGGAAUCUCAGUGCGAUGGUACCAUGAAACGUAGGCUCCUUUGUCAGGGAUUCUGUUUCAGUUCAGCUUCUGCCAGCAGAUGCAAAGAUUUCGGCCCAGUCAACCAUACAUUCUUUGCUCUGCCCACUUUUUGCCUCUGGACCCACCUGUCACCAGCAUGUGCCCCUCAGAAAGUUGAACCAUCUGCCCCACAGCCCUGCCAGCCGUGGGAUGGGGUAGCAAUGGAUCUGGGCUGGCCCAAAACCUUUUGGCACCGGAGACAGACCCCUAAAGGAUUCCCCCCUCCCCGCCAGGGAAGAAGGAGCAAGGGAUGCUCUACAUCAGGAACAAGGCAAGGAGAAAGAUCAACAUCGGGACCCACUGCCCCAGUGAAUCCUGCCACCUGAGGCAGUUGCCUCACUUUGCCUCAUGGAUGGGCCGGCCCCGCAUUGGAUAUUGGUUGCCAAAAGGGAAGGGAAGGUCUUGAGUGUCUGAUUUCUUGGCCACUUUUAAGCUGGACCUAGAAAGUCUCAGAGAACAUAGGAAGCUGUCUGAUAGUGAUUCAGACUAAGUCUAUCUAGCUUAGUAAUGUCUACACAGGCUGGCAGCAGCUCUCCAGGGUUUAAGGCAGGAGACAGUCCUAGUUCUGAUGGAAGCAAAGGAAUUCCUGAAGUGUCUCCCCACUGCUGCCAUUUCUGUUCCUCCCUGCAGAUGCUGGAGAAACAGGAGGCCAGAUCUCCGGCGGCCAAAGGCAGGGGGUCGCCAUUGCCCGGGCUCUGAUCCGAGACCCCCGAGUGCUGAUCUUGGACGAUGCCACGAGCGCCCUCGACAUGGAGAGCCAGCAGAAGGUAAGUUGGGCCCGUGGAGGGGUAGAAGCCCAGAGGCAUUGGAUGCCUCUACUGUGGUAUUCUAGAAAAAGGGUCCAAUACCUACAGAAAUAGAUGGUCACUGCAGCAAUUCCCCCUGGGGCUUUCAUGCCAGGGGGUCAGGAGGAUGGAUGGAUGUUCCCUCUCCACCCCUUUUGUGGGAAGAUUUUGCAAGGUGGGGUGCCUAUACGCUUAACACCAUGUUUGCGGGGGGAGGAAUAAAAAAUCUUUCCCACAGCCUCUUUCAUGUUGGGAUGAUGAUGAUGAUGAUCAGGAACACCAAAUUUUUAAUAAGGAACGGGGAAAAUUUAUAACUUACCUUAAAAGCCAUUGUAAACAGUUAAAAUUGUUAGUGGGGUUGGAAUAGCACUUGUACAUGAACAUGAAAUUUAUUACGGUCAAAGACCGGCUUGAGAAUAGUGCGUGUAGUUUAAUGGUGAAUUUUGGACACAGUGGAGAGGUAAAAGAUUUGGAUUAUCAUGCAGGAGGAAAUGAUUAACAAUAAGACCCACAAAGGGGUGGAGGGGAGUCCAAGAGUCUUGUUUUAAUGUUGUGAGUUGUGACUGUAAAAUUAUAAUUUGAAAACCAAAUAAAUAAAUCUUAUGAAAAAGAAAGAAAAGAAAACGCUGCUUUUCCUGAUGUAUGAUUUAUUUUUUUAAAUAUAAAUUUUAUUUUCAAUGCAAAAUUACAACAAAAAUUGCAAACAUUGAAUCCAAAAUAAAACUAUACAAACAAGAAAAACAAAACACAAAAAAGGGGAAAAAAGAAAAAAGCACACAUCUACAAAUAAAACCAUAUCUUCAUUCUAGUCUAGUCAUUACAUACAUAUACACAUAUAGACUUCCUUCCUUUGUUCUAAGACCUCAAAAAUUGUACUCUUUCUAAAUUGUUGUGUCUAAUGUAGAUUAUCUCUAUCUUUAUACUUUUUACAUCGUUUUUCUUUUUCUUUAACCCUGCAAAACAUCAUUCAUUACAUACCGAUAUGCUUACUCCAGAACAAUGUUUUUUCAUAUGCUCUUUAGCACAUUCCCAUUCUUUUAAUAAUUUCUGGUCCAAUUGUCCUCUUAUGAAUUCUGUGAGUCUUGCCAGAUUUAUAUAGUCACAAAAUUUAAUUUGCCAUUCUUUUAUUGAUGGAAUUUUUUUCCCUUUCCAAUUUUUUGCUAUAAGCAUCCUGGCAGCUGUCGUUGCAUAAAGGAAUACUUUCCUUUGAUUGUCAGGUAUAUCGUUUGUAAUUAUACCUAAAAGGAAUGCAGGAAAAUGAGGGAUAAGAACAGUGAUCAAUAUGAUGUAUGAUUCAUUUAAGGCACAGGAGCCCUCCAAAAACAACUUGGGAGGCAACUAGGGUAAGGGGAAGAAGUUGGCUGCCUCCCUGCCAGCAAACUCCUUUUUUCUUUACUCUGCAGGUGGAGAAGGAGAUCUACGAAGGGGAGGCUCGCCACAGGCGCUCUGUCUUGCUCAUCUCCCACCGCCUGCGCAGCGUGGAACGUGCCGACCGCAUCCUGGUCAUGGAAGAUGGGGAAAUCCAGGAAGAAGGGACUCACCUGGAGCUAAUGGAGAAGAAGGGCGUCUACUGGCAGCUGGUGCAGAGGCAGCAGAAUGGAGCUGAGGGCAGCAACAAUGGCUUUGUGGACGUGGACCACAAGCAUCUAUAGUGGGUUCAGAACUGAUGGAGGAUCCCUGGCCUAGACCUAUACAGUCGUUGCCCAUCAUCACUGCCGCCUCUUUUGGCAGGAGGGAUGGGGAAAUGCCUGGCAUGCGCCCAAUCCACCAGCCUGCAGCUUGUCACCUCAGCUAAGGCAAAAGAUCUGAGGAGACAUAACCUUGCUAGGACCAUUGCCUGCAGAAGGUCCCAGAUUUAAGUCCUCUGUGAAUAGGUAGAAACACUCCCUUGUCUGAAACCAUGGAGACCAGCUGCUGCCAACCAGUGUAGACAGUACUGAGAUUGAUGGGCCCAAUGCUAUGAGGCAGCUUCCUCUCUUCCUAAUCUCUCCGUGAAAAUAGAAAUCUUUAUUUCAAGGCAUCUCCUAUAUCUGAGAGGGGCAGCCCCACAAAAUUCCAGCUCUUCAAAACACAUAUCUUUACAUCUGGAGUUGUCUGUGUGUUUUGGGCCACAUCUUGUGAUUGAUUAUGUGGGGGCGAGGCUUGCCUGGCUCCCCCACCCCAAAAUAUUUUAUUCUUGUUGGCACCCCUAGCGGAGGCCGUUACUCAUUUGUUAAUCCCUAUCCUGUCAUAUAAGAUCGGCACGACUGAGAUUUUGAAACCUGUGCGCAGGAAUCACUGUUUAUACGAAGGACAUGCCAAAGGGCAGAGGCCUCAAUCCCAUGGUCCUCUCUGCCUCCCUUACAUCAACCCAGAGGUGGCCCACCUCUGUUGUCUGCUUGACCGUCCUCUCACCCCACACUUUCCCUCACUAUUGGGGCCAUCCCAACAGAUUUUGCUGCCUGAGGUAAAAGGCAGGUCGUCCCUCGCCCACUCCAUGCACAAAUGUCACUUGGGUGGGCAGUCGAGGCCUAACUGUAGCCCUGGCAACUGGGCAGCGUCCUCCAUUUUGUUUUGUACACCGUACUGUAAAAACCCGGUUAAUGGCUUCAGUUUGUAGCCUUUCUAGGCCCUUUAAACCAUGGGUAGGAAAAAUGUUGCACCCUAGCAGGGACGAUAAAGGAACCAAACGACACCAAGGGGUUAAAUCCAGAGAAAGAGCUUUAUUCUGCCAUCCCGAGUGGGCAGAGGAGCAAGUGUGAUAAGUCACAAACAAGCACGAAGUUCACAGCCAUUGCACAUAGUUUUUAUAUCCCCUUCCAGUUCCCUCCCCCUUCUUCAAGAGUCCUGCCCAUGAGUUCCUCUGAGCAUGAACAGAAAGCUGUCUUGGGACCAUUUUUGGACUUUUCCCAGGAAAGGGGUGAGAGGGUUUUCAGAGUGUUCCCGUUGUUUCAUUCUUGUGCUUUGGCAUGGUUCCCGGACAGAAAGCAAGUUGCAAUGUGGUUCUUUGGCAAGGCCAAAGGCUCUGAGAAAGGCCUGAGAAGACAAUGGGCUCUGUUCUCUACCUUGUUGCAAUCUUUUUUAGUUACAGCAAGCGGAAUGCUUAGCUAAUGCUUUUUGUCUUAGAGGAAAAUGCAGUUUUUAAAAUGCUCGAGGCGAGGAUUUUGAGGCCUGGCUGGGGGGGAAUUCACAGACAGUUUUAGGGCUUUUUGGGGGUAACCCUAACUGUUCCCCUUCAAGUUCUUGUGAGUCGCUUUAGAGGGUUGUGAAUCUGAAAAAAGCAGUGGGCCAGGAGUGUGAAGAACCCUUUUUCAGGCCUGAGGGCCACAGUCCCUCAUGGGGAGCCUUCCAGGGGCCACCUGAUAGAUUGGGUGUAGCAACGGAAGCGGCGCUUUCCUUUGUAUGGUUACAUUUUGGUCAUACAGUACAAAGGUUUUCCACGAAAUGCGCACGCUUCCCCUCUGUUCAGGGGUUGGUCACAUCCAUGCCGUACUUUCAAAACACUCAUGUGCCACAUAAACAGGCCCCACUUCUCCCAGGGUGCCAGGGUUAAGAGUGUCGGAGUAAGACCUGGGUUCAAAUCCCCGUUUGGCCCUGAAGCUCAGCGGGUGAACUUGGGCCUGUCCCUGGCUCUCAGCCUAGCCUGCCUCACAGGGUUUUUGGGAUAAAAUGUGGAGGGGGAGAACCAUGAAUGUCACUCUGAGCUCAUUGGAGCAAAAGGUGGAAUGUAAACGUGAUAAAUUAAACUGGUAGGAAGUAGGUACUGUAGUUAAGAGAGCGAGGAGACUCCUCAUAGAGGGAGAAGAGAUCAGCUUUUUUGGGCGGGUGCCUUGGGCACCCGCUGCCUGGCCCACCAGCCCCUGAGGCAGCUGCCUCACCCUACUUAACGGCAGAACCAGCCACAGGUCUCGAGUGGACAAUUUCCGUUCUGUAUUACUCAAUAACAUGGAGAUGGAGAGCUCUCUGGGGGCUGUGCUCUGAGAUGUUAUCUUUUUCCUCAAAUAGGACUAGGCAACCGCUUAAAAUGUUGAGGUUUUUGUUUCAUUUUCCAGAAAAAAAACAUUUGCUUUUGUGUGUUUCUUACGUGUGCGAACAGAGAAAUGUGCUUUGUUGUAGAUGUGUAUAAAUUAAAACACACUUUUUAUGUGGGUUUUUCUCUUUCACUGUUUUUCACUAUAAAACAUGGAUCUCAUUCCCCCAGGACACCUUUCUAUACGGCCGCUGUAUAUCCUUGAACUAUGGUCACCCUGUUUUUCUCUUCCCUCCCACCCCUGGCCCAGCCACCCUGGUAUCCUCCAGAAGUUGUUGGGUUGAAACAGCUAUCAGGCCUUCAGUUGCAGUCCAGCAUGUUCAGGGCACUUCAGGGGUCAGCAAACCUUUUCAGCCGUGGGCCAGUCCACUGUCCCUCAGACCUUGUGGAGGGCCGGACUAUAUUUUUUUGGGGGGGUAAUGAACGAAUUCCUGUGCCCCACAAAUAACUCAAUGAUGCAUUUUAAACAAAAGCACACAUUCUAUUCACGUAAAAACCCAGGCAGGCCCCACAAAUAACCCAGAGAUGCAUUUUAAAUAAAAGGACACAUUCUACUCAUGUAAAAACAGACUGAUUCUUGGACCAUCCGUGGACUGGAUUUAGAAGACGAUUGGGCCGAAUCCAGCCCCU